AUGCUUUCAUACCAGCAACCACCUAGCACCACAGGCCCAUACCUUCCCAAGCCCGAACCGGCCUUUUCAUCUCACCACUAUGGUCAGCUCAACCGCAUUGAUUCCUGUGACGACUUCCACCUCCUUGUUCGAGCUCUCUCGGAUGUCCUUGGCCCUUCUUCAGGGAUCAACUCCGACGAUGUGGAUGAAAAUGAAUUGAUACGCCUCAUGGAACAAUACGUUUCCCAAGAAAGUCAAUGGCGCCAUUAUGCCUUUGCCGAUUUCAGCAGAAACUACACCCGCAACCUCGUGGACGAAGGAAACGGCAAAUCCAACUUAUUGGUGAUUGUCUGGAACCCGGGCAGGGGUAGUCCGAUACAUGAUCACGCGGACGCUCAUUGUGUGAUGAAGAUUCUCAAGGGGAGCCUCAAGGAAACAUUGUACGCCCUUCCGCCCUGCUUGAACGAAAAGACAGGGUCGGAUGGGGCUUUGAUGCCUCCACGGAUUGUCAAGGAGUCGACGUACCACGAAAACGAAGUCACUUACAUCUCCGACAAGAUUGGGUUGCACAAGAUAUCCAACCCCUCCAACGAUGAGGUGGCCGUGUCCCUUCACCUCUACACCCCGCCGCAUGCAGCAAAUUUUGGCUUUAACCUAUUUGACGAGAAGACGGGGAAGCCCACGCACAUCCAGCAAGCAGGAUUCUUCUCGGAUCGGGGAAAACCAAUCGAAAAGUGCAAGUUCGGAUCGUUUUGA